AAUUGAACAGACCUCGAAGGCCGAAGCUAAAUUCUCGUCUACAUCAAAGUGGCACAAUGAAAUAAACAGAAAAAGAACCAAAUCUAAGUGUUUAGAUCCCAUCAUUCAUUUUCAUUCAACUGCUACAAUUUGAAAUGAAUAUGCUUUUUCUCUCUGUCUCCAUCUUCCUCCUCUUAGCUCCGGCGUCAUUGCCGUCGAUCGCGGCGGCGGAGACGGAGCAGCAGAAGCAGCAACAGUUCGCCGUUGACGGCGGGAAAGUAUUGGAGCUUGGUGAAUCCAACUUCGAUGCCGCAAUUUCCACCUUCGAUUAUAUUCUCGUCGAUUUCUAUGCUCCUUGGUGUGGCCACUGCAAACGUCUUGCUCCUGAGUUGGACAAAACUGCUCGCAUUCUUGCUGAAUUGAAGCAGCCCCUAGUUAUUGCAAAAAUAGAUGCUGACAAAUACAAACGUGUUGGUUCAAAAUAUGACAUCGAUGGAUAUCCAACUUUGAAGAUAUUUAUGCAUGGAGUUCCAACAGAUUACUAUGGACCAAGAAAAGCAGAUUUACUUGUACGAUUCUUGAAGAAGUUUGUUGCUCCUGAUGUGGCAAUACUGAAUUCUGACUCAGCUAUUAGUGAAUUUGUUGAAGCAGCCGGCACUAGCUUUCCUAUAUUCAUAGGCUUUGGUUUGAAUGAAUCUGCUAUAUCACAUUUUGCAGUAAAAUACAAGAAAAGAGCAUGGUUUUCUGUGGCAAAAGAUUUCUCGGAUAAAACCAUGGAGUUCUAUGAUUUUGACAAAAUACCUGCUUUGGUAGCUCGUCAUCCAAACUAUGAUGAGCAAAGCAUCUUCUAUGGCCCCUUUGAAGAAAAAUUCCUUGAGGAUUAUAUCAAGCAGAGUUUGCUCCCGCUGGCUUUGCCCAUUACUGAAGAAACUCUGAGGUUGCUGAAAGAUGAUGAGAGGAAAGUUAUUCUGACGAUUUUGGAAGAUGAAACUGAUGAGAGGUCUAAGGGAUUAGUGAAACUCCUGAAAGCUGCUGCAUCUGCAAACCGCGACUUCAUGUUUGUUUUUGUUGGGUUCAAGCAAUGGCAAGAGUUUGCUGAAUCAUUUGAAGUUUCUAAGAAAACUAAACUGCCAAAAAUGGUUGUUUGGGACGGAGAUGAGGAGUACUUUUCAGUUGUUGGCUCGGACAGUAUUGAAGAUGAAGAUCAGGGGUCCCAAAUUACACAAUUUAUUCAAGGAUACAAAGAUGGAAAUGUUAUUCAGAAACGUAUUAGCUCUGCUUCUUUCAUGGGAUUCGUGAACUCAAUGAUCGGAGUUGGAACAGUAACAAUCAUAGUGUUUGUGGUCGCAGUGGUGAUGAUCAUCCAAUCUUUAAAAGAGGAGCCCUUAAGGGUUGGUACAAGAGAUGAGGGAGAUUAUCCGAGCAGCUCCACCUCUCAGCCGGAAGACAGACAACCACUUCGUUCUGGAGACAAACAAGACAAGGAAGAUUAAGUUUUGUAUUGCAGAACUUCCAACCUCAAUCUAACCUGAAAUAGUUAGCUUGAAAAUCCUCGACAGGAAGACCAAACUACACGUUGGUCUUAGAGUGUUGUUAAGUUUCAUUCUCACCAUGAUCACAGCUCUUGUUAUCUUAAGGAAGUGAACGGCUAUACUUGUAGGAAUUCUGUACCCAGGGGUUGGUAAAGCAGACUAAUGCUUCAAGUUGUGCUAUUUUUUGUAUUAUUUAUAGUAAAAUAUGGAGGUAAACUUAGUUUCCCACUGUAUAAAUUUGUUUAAAACUAGAAAUGAUGCUGCUGCCAGUGGUUCUUUUC